AUGUAGUCUCUGGACCACUCUAAAUCACACAGCCCACUAAAACCCUAGCCCUGGCUCAUAUUUACUUCUGCUAGCUUAUACAAUUUGAACAUUUGAUUUGCACUCGAUUCGGCAGCGAAGAAUCAAGCUAUUAGCCAUGGUUAACGUACCAAAGACUAAGAAGACUUACUGCAAGUCCAAGGAGUGUCGUAAGCACACCCUUCACAAGGUCACACAAUAUAAGAAGGGUAAAGAUUCUUUGGCUGCCCAGGGAAAGCGCCGUUACGAUCGUAAACAGUCUGGUUAUGGUGGUCAGACAAAGCCUGUUUUCCACAAAAAGGCCAAGACUACCAAAAAGAUUGUGUUGAGGCUCCAAUGUCAAGGCUGUAAGCAUGUAUCCCAGCACCCAAUCAAGAGAUGCAAGCAUUUUGAAAUUGGUGGAGACAAGAAGGGAAAGGGUACUUCUCUCUUCUAGAAGGUUGCGGCGAUUGCAAGUUUGUACUCGGAUGCUGCCAUAGUGCCAUGUCUUUAGGCAGACUACUUUUUGUUUUGAUUUUAGCUAUUGUUACUUCUCUAUGAGUGUAAGAUGGUAAACUGUUGGCUUGGACACCUUAAUAGAUGCUGAUUUGUUAUUAUGAGCUGGAUUAUGAAGUUUUACUUUGCAAGCCAUUUCAUUUUCAUUGUUAGUUUGCAGUCUAA